AUGGACAACAAGUUGGGUUUGCAUCCUAAGAUGCGAAAUCUCAUAUCAGUUUCACCGGGUGUGGGCACUUAUUAUCCUCGAUCAAUCGAUCGCAAACCUGAAGCCAUCAGUUGGGAGAGGAAAGAAGAGAUGGAAAGAUUUUCUGCUAUGAUGGGCGGGAAUUUGACCAAAGAGAUCACAGCACAGAGAGAAUUGAUGAGGACCGGUGGUGGCCCUGGCACUUACGACAUGCCUCGUUGGCCGGAAAGCAUUUCGAAGACCCUUUGCAAAAGUCUGGUAGAGGACGUUGAUUUCGGGACGGUGCCGCGAUUUGAACCUAGUUACAAGUCCACCACACCUGGUCCAGGAUACACCCUCCGAGUGCACAAUCCGUAUUAUUACCUGGAGAAAAAAAGACUGAAAGGUUUCUCUCAGGUACCUCCAUUUGAGUUUGACGGUUUAGCACCUAGAUUCCGAGAAACAAGAAAAAUAUGGUCUCUGCCGUGCAACAGGUAUAAUGUGAAGCAUCCGCAUUCGCUGGAAGUUUUUCUCAAAAGUGUUACGGGCAAGAGAGGGCCUUACGAUAUUUUCACAGGGCCGAGAGAUGAAACUACUCUCAAAGGUAUGCCAUGGGCACGUAAAAAAUUACCGGAUAGUGGGGACUGGCCGCGAAAAUUACCAAGUGAGAUGGAAAAACUUUUGGACAAAUCCAAUUAUUUUAAAGGGAAAUGGACCAUCAAUCCCAGAUUUCCAAAAAAACCGGUCAUAAGGAUGUUAUUGCAAGACAUCAGUACGUGUUACAAGGACCCCGAUGAACCGGGACCUGGUCAUUACGAUCCUCGAAUACCGCAAAAGCCGACUACACGCAAAAAAUAUCCUUUUGAUAGUAACGUGGAGUUUGCGCGUCCACUUUUGCCAAGUGACAUUCAUCCUGGCCCAACUAGAUACAAAAUUGAACAGGUUCGUGUGAUAAAAGGACACGGAUGGUCGUCAGUUUUCAAGAGCAAAGUACCUAGAACGAUCACUCUUAUUCCGCCAUCAUUUAAAAAUUUCUAA